CGGCCACAGUCCGAAAUUCUUGAAAAUUAGUAACGCGCCUAUAGGCAUAGGCCUACAUACCAUGGAACUACAUAGCCUACAUACUAAAUUUUUGCAGUAAAAAGAUCUAGGGCAGGGUCUAGAUCUUGUUGGUAGAUUCUUAAAUUAGAAUGAAUGUAUAAUGUGGAUUUUAGAUGUUUAGCUGUAUUUCUCAAACCUAUAAGAUAUAUCAGCAGAUGACAAGUUGGCCUAUUAGAUCUACAAUGACAGAAGAAGCAAACGAGGCUCUUAAACAAUAUAUUGGAAUAGGCGUGGGAGCUGAAAAUGCUAUUAAAGCUUACAGUGAGCAUGGUGUCAAAUAUGAACAAUAUGUAAAAGCUUUAAAUUAUAAUGGCCCACAACAAACCGCAAACACAGCCGCCAUCUUAUUAAAAGAGAAUUACAAGGCCAAACUUCUGGACGUUGGUGCAGGCUCAGGGUUAGUGGCGGAAGAGUUGUCAAAGCUGGGUUACUCCAACAUCGAUGCUGUGGAUGCUUCAGAAGGUUUAUUGAAUGUUGCUAAUUCCAAAGGCCUCUAUGGACGUAUUGUUUGCCAGUUGGUUGGCCAUGGUCAGGCAAUGCCUUUUGAUGACAAAACUUAUGAUAUGGUGGUGAUAUGUGGGGCUAUGGGAGAAAAUCACAUUCCCAAAGCAGCUUUGCCAGACAUCAUUCGUGUUGUUAAACCUGGUGGAUAUAUUGUUAAUGUUUUUCGAGAAGAAGCAUUAUACGUUCCAUGGUAUGAAGAUGGUCUGCAACCCUACAUGAAUAAACUUGAGGAAGAAGGACUUUGGAUUGAGUUCAGCCGACACAAAUUUCCAAUUUUUAUUGCAAACAAAGAAGGCUUAGUAUUAGUGCACAAAGUCUUAUGAAGUAUUCAUUAUUUCUUUAGAUUAGAUUCUAAUCAUAUAUUCCAGAAUAAUAAAUAAUUAUUAGAAAAUUAGCUUUUCAAUUGUAUCAUGAAAUGAUAUAUGAUUUAACUCGCUACCAGUGAGAUAUGGUAAUAGUAAUGGUCACACAACACAGUAAACUUUUAAACUAUUGGACCCAAGAAAGAAAAGGUAAAUCUACUUUUAGUUAGGCCAAUUUAAAAAAAAAAUUAAAUUAAGCCAGACUAAAAUAUGGAACCUAUUAGAAAAAAUAGUAACAUAAAUUCAGGAGUAAUUAAUAUGAACAGAAUUUAAUCAAACAUAAACAGAUCUUCUUAUUGAUUUACAAUGGGAAAAAAAGUGUAUACAUGUAUUCAGAGACUCUGCUGGUAAUACAAUAAACAUUUAGAGCUAUAGAAAGUU